CGCCCCUCUCCUCCCUACGACCAUCACCUUAGCAUACCGCGAUCGGAAGCCCUCAGAGAAUCAAAAUGGAGGGAGUUGAGACCGUGGAUGUCAGCUGGCUGCUUCAUUCGCAGAGAGGUGAGUUGGGCGCUGCCCAAUUGCGAUCUGCCCGCUACCACCUGUCCCGCUGCAAGUCCGCAUCCUCCGUGGUUUGCGACAAGACAAUUGCCGAAACUGAAGUCCCAACUACUCAAAGACCUAUCGAAACCACGGCCUCCCCCGAUCGAAACCCUUCAGCAUCCCCCGCUCCUUCUAAAGCGACGCCGCAACGAGAUGGCUCGAAGCCUGACAAGGAAGUGAAACAAGAUGAUAAGGCCGUGGAGGAAAAGCCUACCGGCUCGUCACCAGCGUCCCAGAAGAGUGCGCCGAGACCGGUAGGCGCGAGAAGGAACUCAUGGAUUUCAAGUCUCAGCUCCAAGUUUUCCUCCGGCUCUACACCUCCGUCACAGUCAAACAUGAAAGCCCCGCCAACUACAAAGGCCACCCCUCCUGCUUCGAAGAUGGAUAUGCAUAAUCCUUUUGGUGCGGCCUACUCCCCGAAAGACAAGGAGGAGGAAAAGAAGGAUGAAAACAGUCCUUUCGGUUCCGCAUCCCCCAAGGGCCCUUCGUUCCUGCAAAGCGCUUUUCGGAAACUUUCGUCAUCUGCGUCCGGUGGUGCAGGCAAGAUGGCACCCAAUGGGACCAUCUGCCAGCGUCGCGUCAUGAACAUUGACCAAGAUCGGGAUAGAUGCAAGAUUCCGGAUCUGAAUGCCGCGAACUUGCGCCGCGUUGCUUUCUGCGUGGAUGUGGAGAUUGCAGGUAUAUCCUAUCGGGAGUCCGAUGAAGAUAGUCCUCCGGCAAGCACUAAGCGACGUGUCAUUCCGGAAGCGAUUGGCCAGAAGCAUAAACGCUCCAAUUCCAAAUCAAAAGAGAAGGACGAAGCUGUCGCCUUGAAAAAUCCCCAGGCUGCGGUUUGUGACAAGGAGAAGAGUGCCCAGAAGAAUGGCGCCGAUGAAAAGGGCUCUGGCACCCCCGAAGCAGUUUCAAAUGAAGUGAAUGUCAACGGCGAAAGCAAGGAGCCCACUCGAAAGCAAGAAAAGAAGAAGAGAUCAGAAGAGGAACGGAGGGAGCGAAGGGAAAAGAAACGAAGACAGGCGGAAGCGAAUGGCACCAUACCGAUGCAAUUGACGGCGGACGGCCAAGAGUAUGGUUUGCGGACACCCGCCUCUACCAGUACACGUUCCAAAACAACAAGCCAUCCCACAACAGAUCCAGUGCGAAUCUAUCGGCGCUGUUGCCAGCUACGUGAAACGCCAGUGCUCAAGCGUAUUGUGGACGAAAUAUCUUCGCCUUCUUCCACCCUCGCAGAAUCCCCGGGAACCGUUGCCGUACUUGAUCUCAGCGACUUUCCCAUGACCUCCGAGGACAUUGCCACCUUCUGCGACUGGCUAGCAGUUGUACCCGUUCGGAAGCUCAUUCUCGAGAAAUGUGCUCUGACCGAUUCUUCGGUGCGAUCCAUUCUUGCCGGACUACUUUCCACCAGAACAGUGGAACACAUGACGAACAGACGCAAAAGGGGCAAGAACCUUGAGAAUACGUGCCCGGAAAAAGAAGAGAGGUUCAGUGUUGUCGAAAAGCUGUCCCUCAAGGACAACCCAAAGAUCGGGUCGGAAGGAUGGAGCCACAUUUGCCUUUUUAUCCAUCUUUCACAGUCCUUAAAGGCCAUUGACCUGUCGGGCCUUCCACUUCCUAAGGCACUGGUUGCUGCCAAUGGUUUCAACAAAGUUGCACCUCGACCCCCGAAUGCCUCGAAUUGUACCGACGCCACGACCCUCUUCGCAAACUCUCUCUCGCAGCGCUUGGGCGGUGACCAUCUCGAGGAAUUGUUACUCAGCGAAUGUAAACCCACGACAGAGGAUGUGAAGAAGAUCUGCGAUGCAGCUGCGGCGGUGGGACUGAGGAGACUCGGCUUCGCUAAUAACGAGCUGGGCAGGGAAGGUCUGGAGCACAUUGCCAGCUAUCUAAAGGCAGGAAAAUGUGAAGGACUCGAUCUGGGUGGAAACCCCAUCCAGGACCACUUGGAUUUGAUCACUUCUGCUCUGUCAGAUGAUCACCCGCUAUAUGCGCUGAGCUUGGCCGAUUGCUCCCUUACGCCGUCCGUCGUAUAUCCAUUGUUCCAAGGGCUAACGCGCCUUCCCGAUCUUCGCUUCAUCGACUUCUCCCACAAUCCAGACUUGUUUACAAUGCAGCCCGACGCGCUGGCCACUUUCCGUCGGUGCCUUCCCAACAUGCCCGCUCUGAAACGCAUUCACCUGGCUGAUGUCAAUUUAUCCCCCGAUCAAAUCAUCGCCCUUGCCGAGGUUCUUCCGGAGAGCCCAAGUCUAUGUCAUCUAAACAUCCUUGAAAACCCAUUAAUCACGACACUGGCAUCGGCAACAGACCCUGCCAGCCAAGAAGAAGCCUGCGCUGUAUAUGCGUCCUUGAUGGCCGCGGUACGCGUAUCCAGGACAAUCAUUGCCGUGGACAUUGAGGUUCCAACUGCUGAAAGCAAUGAGGUCGUGAAGGCUUUGGCCUCCCAGAUAGUCGCUUACUCCCUUCAUAAUCUUGAACAGGGUGCUAUUGCGGUGGAAUUCACGGACCCGACGGACACAACAACCCGACCAGUCCACGUUCCCGAAAUUCUGCAGCACAUCGUCGGCCACUCUGCUGGGGACGAACCAGAAGACGAUGACGAGCCCGCGGCUGAUGAGGACUAUGUCAUCGGAGGCACAGGUGUUGUCAAAGCUCUCGGUGUCUGCCUCGGUAAUGUGGAUUGCCUUCUGCCAGGAGAGCAGUCUGGGCCUCCAAGUGGAACAACCACACCGCGACACCGGAAGUCCAGGUCUUUGGUCGCUAAGCGGCCCCGCGAUAUGUCCAUUAACUUACUGUCAUCGGCACGCAACAUUCGGACCCGGAUCCAGUCGGCUCUCGUGCGCGAAGACAGGGCUGGCAAUGACACCAACUACAGACGUCUCCAAUUCCUUGACUUCACUUUGCAGAGAAUGAUCCAGCGAUUCGAAGACGAGUACCCUGAAACGCGCAUUAUACCCCAGACCAUGCCAUCGUAUACUAUGCAAGACACCAGCUCGCAGAAUUCUGGCGAUGACGGUCCCGGGUUCGACAGCAUCCAGCAGACUGCGACCAACGGUGAUGCCGAGGUUGCUGGGGACGAUGAAGAAGACAAUUAUGGUGCCCGACUAUCGCGUGCCAGCUCCGUCACUUCCCUCCAUUCCCGUGCCAUGACCUCCGAAGAAGGACAUAUCCAUCGACUCGGACAAGGCAUUCGGCGGGACUUCCUCAGCCCCUCUUUCGAUCAGACCGACGAUGACUUUGCAUCGUACUCCUUUGAUGAGUCCCACAUGGCCGCCUUGCGCGACAAGCUCGACCGUUUGCAAGAGGACCAGACACGGCCGCCCUUUGAGAGUGUGGGUUCGGACAAAGCCUUCGAGGAUCUGGGCACGACUGUGGAGGAAUUAUUUGCCACACGAAAGCAUGAUACGGAGACCUUUGAGAGAUUCCGGCAAAGCCAGAUCGCCGCGCAAAUUAAUAGCGGCAAACGAUCGUCGUCCACGAUGCCCGACCGGAGCAAAGAGAUCAACCCGGCCAAGCCAGAUCAGGAGCCUUCUUCAUAAAGUCGGAAGCUAGCCACAGCGCUUCUGCCCUGCUAGCUGGAUUGUCAUGGUUCUCGAGCCAUGCCUUAUAUAUUUCCGGGAUGGGGAUCGAUUUCGAGUUCCCUUGCCCAUCAUCCAACUCCGUUGGUAUCUCUGUACUGAGCAGGCACUCUGCAGGCAGAGAAUGGCCCUGUAUAUAUCGCCCAUCGAGCCUGACAUUAUAUGUAUUGUAAUCUAUUUAGCACGGCCUGUUUUGAGGUUAUCUUUGAUAUUUUCCCUUUUUUUUUUUUGUUUGUUUCUUUCCACUGCAAUAAGGGGAGGAUGUUU